CUGUUUGAACAGUCUUACGUGUCAUUCGUGGAGUUUCACUGAUCCUGAACCUGCUGGACUCGUUGGAAUCAACUGAUCCCGGUCAAAGGCGCCUCCCCUGUCAACUGCUGUCAAUGAAGCUUGUUAGCAUCUUGGCUAACGUGAGCUAGCUCCAAUCACUGCUGGUUCUGGUCCUGAGCUGCAAGUUACCCUUACGUUAAAAGUUGCUAACCUACCAGAAGCAUGAAGGCCAUGAUCCUGGUGGGGGGGUACGGGACCCGGCUGCGACCGCUCACCCUCAGCGUCCCGAAGCCGCUGGUCGACUUCUGCAACAAACCCAUCCUGCUGCACCAGGUGGAGGCGCUGGUCAAGGCCGGGGUGGACCAUGUGGUUCUGGCGGUGAGCUACAUGUCAGAGCUGCUGGAGAGAGAAAUGCGAGUCCAGGAGGAGAGACUCGGGAUCCGUAUCACUUUGUCUCAUGAGACGGAGCCUCUGGGAACAGCCGGUCCUCUGGCGCUGGCACGAGACCUGCUGGAUGUGGACAAGGAGCCGUUCUUCGUCCUGAAUUCAGACGUCAUCUGUGAUUUCCCCUUCAAAGAUCUUCUGCAGUUCCACCGCAACCACGGCAAGGAGGGAACUAUCGUGGUGACUCGGGUGGAGGAGCCCUCUAAGUACGGCGUGGUGGUGUUUGAGGCGGAAGGCGGGAAGAUCCAUCGCUUCGUGGAGAAACCACAGGUCUUUGUCUCAAACAAGAUCAAUGCAGGCAUAUACAUCUUCAAUCCCAGCAUGCUCAGCAGGAUCCAGCUGAGACCGACGUCCAUAGAGAAGGAGAUAUUUCCUGUCAUGGCAGAGGAGGGGCAGCUGUAUGCCUUCGAGCUCCAAGGUUUCUGGAUGGACAUCGGUCAGCCCAAAGACUUCCUGACAGGGAUGUGUAUGUACCUUCAGUCGCUACGGCAACAGGCUCCUGAGAGGCUACACACGGGGCCCGGUUUCCUCGGCAACGUCCUGGUGGACCCGACAGCUCAGAUCGGGCAGAACUGCACCAUCGGGCCGAACGUGAGCAUCGGCGCCGGCGUGGUGGUGGAGGACGGCGUCCGGAUCAAGCGCUGCACGGUGAUGAAGGGGGCGCGGGUUCGAUCCCACUCCUGGCUGGAGAGCUGCAUCGUGGGCUGGAGCUCCUCGGUCGGUCAGUGGGUUCGAAUGGAGAACGUGACGGUGCUCGGGGAGGACGUGAUCGUGAACGACGAGCUCUACCUGAACGGGGCCAACGUCCUGCCUCACAAAUCCAUCAACGAGUCGGUCCCAGAGCCGCGGAUCAUCAUGUAGCUGCAGGCUGGGGGGGGGAGGGGGGAGAGAGAGCUCGCCCCGCCUUCUUCUUUUUAAUGAACUCAACUGAACGCCCAAGCUGUGCCAGAGAGAGAGAGAGAGAGAGGGAGGAACAAAUGGGCAGAAGGAAGGAGGAGGAGGAGGGGAAAGGGAACAAAUGAAGGUGUUUUUUUUUUUACUCUAUUUAAUUAAUUGAGCCUCUUUUUGUUCGCCCUGAUUGGCUGCAACCUUCCAUCAGUCUGACACGAUGGCGUUAGCAUGAUGGCCCGUCAGGCGGAUUCAAGUCGUUUCACCGCUUCAGGUAAAACGCUCUCGUCCUGAAUGUAGCAGCUGGUGAACACUGCUUUAAUAAUAAAGGGUGAGGUAGAGGGGGGGGGGCGGGGUGGAGGGACAAAUAGUGAAGUUACUGAGAAUGCUAAGGGACGAGGGGGUGAGAGAAGGAUAUGAUCACUGCUGUUCAGAUUCACUGUGCAUUUGCAUUUCCUGUAACGGAGCCUGAAACCGUGUCACUGAGAUGAAUCAAAACGAACGCACCAGGGCUGUCACUUCUAUUCAUAUAUUCAAACUGCUUGUUGAAUUCAAAAUCUACAAUCCUAGAAGCACAUCGGACCAUCUGAAGUGUCAUACCCCCCGGGAUCCAGCAGAGGGCGCUCACUGAGACCACAUCAGUAAUGUGGAACCUCACUUCUCUACUUAAUGGCUCUAAAAGCUCAACAUCAACAUGUCUGGUCUCCUGGUUCCAGCAGAACAAAGUGUCGACUGAACAUCUGAAGCUCUUGCGGUGAAUUAUGAAACCCAGAGAAACGGCCUCAUCAUCAACUGGAGUCGUCUUUGUUUCAACCUGAAUGUAGUUCAAUCGAUUUUUAUAUAAGAAUUCUGUUUCGUCUUAACCUCUGUGAACUUUUCUGUUCUUUCUUUGUAUCAUGGAAACUUUGCUUCAACGCCAAACAAACUGCAUUUUAGAGUCAGACACUAAGAAUACAAAAGGGACAUAUAACCCUUUUUCCAGCAUGUUUUUCUGUUUGUUUUUUAAAGCUUCAGUCUUUACUCUUAGAAGAAUCUUGUCAUGAACUAAACUGAUGAUUAGAUGGAUUCAUCCUUCGGUCUCAUGCAGCAUUAGGUCACUCAAAGGGGGAAAAUCUCCCUUUUGAUUAGAUUAGAACGAUUUUGAGAAAACCGUCAGAAUUUUAGGCGUCAUGUCAUGAUGAGAGAUAUCAGAAGAUCAGUAUCAUCUGUAUUUAAUCAGGUAAUAUGCUUCAGUAUAAGAUUAACCGGAUACUUGAUCCUUUGUCUCAUCAGCACCAUUUUAUCAUGAGUAUCAGGACUUUGAAAUAUUAUCCUUAAUGGAGGAGGAAACAGCUUUGAGGUUAUUGUUACUAACAUCUCUUGUCAUGUGUAGAUUUCAUAGUUCCUCAUGAUAUUAAGAAAUAAGUUCUGUUUGUCUUUGGCCCUAAAACUCUGUCGUGCUUUCACCCCGAAAUGACUGAACCACACAUUUGGGCCCUUCAAGUUUUUACUGAGCUACAUGAAUAACAGUCUGUUGGAACCAGAUUUCACUAAAAUGAAGGUUUACACAUUCCCCCUCGUCUCCUGUAAGAACCAAUCAUUUUUAAUGUUUAAUUAAACGAGUCAUUGAACAUCUCCAGUAGAAGGGAUUCUGGAGCACUGAGGUCAGAUCUGAUGUUUUCCUCCAUGUUGCACAAAGCAGCCGGUGAUUUCAGCUGCCGGACACCGAACUGAUCUCUGAACACGAUGCAGUUAUGCUCGUUAAUGCAGUUAUUGAUAAAACAGUUUUUAGGAUACUGAAGACUUUGUGUCUGAACGAAUGAAGUCAACUCUUUGUAAUAAAGUCUUUUUUUAAAGAGAAUAAUAUAAUCUACUGACAUUCA